GUAUGACAAGGUAGUCAAGGGCUGUAAGGUGUGUGGUACUUCGGUUUCAAGUCCGCCGCGAGCCAGAAUUUCGGGAAUGCGUGCGUCGGAAUUUGGCGACGUUAUUUUCGUGGACCAUCAGGAAAUUCAGCUUUGUACCGCGAAAUACGUCGUUCUCUUGGUUCGCGACGGCGCUACGAAUCUCUUGUGGGCUACGGCUCAGAAAACCUUGUUGCCGGAGGAAACGAUUUCUGCUCUUCGCCUGUGGAUCGAGGAAAACAACUGUGUUCCGAAAAGAGUUGUUGGCGACACUGCAUUCUUCACUCCUGACUUCGAGAAAUUCUACAAACGCCAUAACAUUGCUCAGUAUCCGUGCGGACAGGACAGGACCGCUACGCAGCUGAGGACCAUAGCCAUGAAGGCUCAUCUGGAAGCGCGACAGUCCGCGGACCUCAAGAAGGACUUGGCUAAGAAGGUUAUGCCUUCAGACGGUUGGAUGAAGCGUCUUGUUGAUAAUGUGCCAGUUCUGGCUGAGGGCAAAUCGUAUGAUUCCAAGUUUGUCUUCUUUGUUUUGGUUAACCAGCUUAGGGCCUUUUGUGAGAAGUUGGAUCUCACCAAGUGGUCCUUUAUUUUCUUUUCGGGAGAAACCACUGGUAAGCUUCUAAGACGUAUAGAUGACGAGGAUAUGCCUCCAGGGCAUUCCGAUGACCCUCCUAAACCUGGGCCUCCUGGCUCUGGGCCGUACGGAGGCGGUCCCUACGGACCGGUACCGUCGCAGCCUCCGGUGGAUCCUGAUGAUACACCUUUUCCGAUGGAGUAUGAAGCGGAAAUUCCUCCGCCGGGUCCUCCUCCUGAUGGACCAUCAGGGCCUUCCGCUGGCGCCGUACCGCGGUAUUCCGACCCGGACGUUCCGUUGUCACACCCGGGCACGCACGCUCCGCCACCUUCAUAUCCGCCAGAUGAUCCGCCACUUCCGCCGCCGCCUCCGGCUGAUUCUCCGCGUACACAGUCACCUCCUAAAAAGGUCAUACCUUUAGAUCCGGACGAGCAACGUCCAGCACGUGUGCCACGUGCACCGGUGAAAAAGUCACGCGCGGCCACGGCCAAGGCGCGCGAACCGGUAAUCAAUUUGCCGGGUCAGCAGCAGCCGGCCAAAGUGGAAAAGAUGCCUUCGCUUCCAGAAGAUGGUGAUGAUGAGGCGCCGCAUCCUGACGCGGCCUCGUCUAACAGCCAGCCAGGUCUUCCGGUCACGGAAGGUGAGUUUCCCAUUGCUCAGUCUCCUGAGCCAGACACUCCGGGGAACAAGCUGCGCCGGAUUCGGACUCUGACUCUGACUCCACCAUUGAUUACGAAGGCCAAGGUCUUACAUCUGAAGACGUGUGACGAAUCUUUUGAGGAUCUUAUGACCUUGUUGGCUGGGAAAGUUAAGGUCGAAGACCAGCCCAACUCGGCUGACAG